GAGGAUCCGGGCCGCUUCCUCUCGCCAGGCCUGCGAGCUUCCUCCCAGCGGAGCCCAGGGCGAGCCGAGCUUGGCCGCUGCCGCCGCCGCCGCCGCAACCGCCGCCGCCCUCCCGGUCUCGCCCCACCCCGCACCCCGCGCGGAGGUCUUGCUGGGGUGGGGUCCGAGCGGGGCGGUCUCCCGGCCGCGCCGCCGUCGGGGCCAACCCCCCGGCCAGCGGUCCCUCCCGCCCCAGCCAGCCUGUGGCCGCCGGAGCCUCCGGGGCGUGGAACGCGGGGACCUUCUGCGGCGCCCCGAACCAGCGUCCGGGGCCGCCCCGGGCAGCCGGCGCGACGUCCCCGCAUCGAGCCUCGGUGGCGGCGUUCGGAAGCGGAACUCUGCCGGGGCUGCGCCGGCUACAUUGUUUCCUCCCCCCCCGACUCCCUCCCGCCCCCUCUCCCCCGCCUUUCUUCCCUCCCCGACCCGGGCCGCGCGGCCAUCCCCCUGCCUGUGUCUGGCCGUCCCUCCUCCCCCUCCUCUCGCACCCAGACCUCUUUGUACCUCACCACCCGGGGACCCCUGCGCCCCUCCCCUCCCCCCUGGCCGCAUGGACCGUCCGGCAGGCCGCUGAUGCUGCCCGCAGCGAGGUGGCCCGGACCGCAGUGCCCCGAGAGAGCUCUCAUGGUACCAAGUGACAGGUCGGCCUUCCUGUGACACGGGGACGCCAGAUCUUCUAGGAAGAUGUCGGCAAUUCAGGCCGCCUGGCCAUCCGGUACAGAGUGUAUUGCCAAGUACAACUUCCACGGCACUGCUGAGCAAGACCUCCCCUUCUGCAAAGGAGACGUGCUCACCAUUGUGGCUGUCACCAAGGACCCCAAUUGGUACAAAGCCAAGAACAAGGUGGGCCGUGAGGGCAUCAUCCCAGCCAACUAUGUCCAGAAGCGGGAGGGUGUGAAGGCAGGCACCAAGCUCAGCCUCAUGCCCUGGUUCCAUGGCAAGAUCACGCGGGAACAGGCAGAGCGGCUCCUGUGCCCACCAGAGACAGGCCUGUUCCUGGUGCGGGAGAGCACCAACUACCCCGGGGACUACACGCUGUGCGUGAGCUGUGAUGGCAAGGUGGAGCACUACCGCAUCAUGUACCACGCCAGCAAGCUCAGCAUCGAUGAAGAGGUGUACUUUGAGAACCUCAUGCAGCUGGUGGAGCACUACACCUCAGACGCAGAUGGCCUCUGUACUCGCCUCAUCAAGCCAAAGGUCAUGGAGGGCACCGUGGCCGCCCAGGAUGAGUUCUUCCGCAGCGGCUGGGCGCUGAACAUGAAGGACCUGAAGCUGCUGCAGACCAUAGGGAAGGGGGAGUUUGGAGACGUGAUGCUGGGUGACUACCGAGGGAACAAGGUUGCUGUGAAGUGCAUUAAGAACGAUGCCACUGCACAGGCCUUCCUGGCUGAAGCCUCCGUCAUGACGCAACUCCGGCAUAGCAACCUGGUACAGCUUCUGGGCGUGAUCGUAGAGGAGAAGAGCGGGCUGUACAUCGUUACUGAAUACAUGGCCAAGGGGAGUCUAGUGGACUACCUGCGGUCUCGGGGUCGGUCGGUGCUGGGUGGAGACUGUCUUCUCAAGUUCUCACUAGAUGUCUGUGAGGCCAUGGAAUACCUGGAGGGCAACAACUUUGUGCACCGGGAUCUGGCUGCCCGCAACGUGCUAGUGUCUGAGGACAACGUGGCCAAGGUCAGCGACUUCGGCCUCACCAAGGAGGCCUCCAGCACCCAGGACACGGGCAAGCUGCCGGUCAAGUGGACAGCCCCCGAGGCCCUAAGAGAGAAGAAAUUCUCCACCAAGUCUGAUGUGUGGAGUUUCGGGAUCCUUCUCUGGGAAAUCUACUCUUUCGGGCGAGUGCCUUAUCCAAGAAUUCCCCUGAAGGACGUCGUCCCGCGGGUGGAGAAGGGCUACAAGAUGGAUGCCCCCGACGGCUGCCCGCCUGCAGUCUACGAGGUCAUGAAGAACUGCUGGCACCUGGACGCCGCCACGCGGCCCUCCUUCCUGCAGCUCCGCGAGCAGCUCGAGCGCAUCAAGACCCACGAGCUGCACCUGUGACUGCGGCCUCGCCCGGGCCGAGGGCCUGAGGGCCUGCGGGGACUGAGCCGGAGCGACUGCGGACCUCGCGGCCCCGCUGGCUGGGCCCAAGCCCGAACUGAGCCCAGCAGGAGGCCGCUGGGCCUCUUUCCUGUCCCAGCCCGCGCCCCCUCUGGCACCCGGAGACCCCGCCUAGGCCUGGCACCUUCUUUCAUGGACCCACCUGUGGGGCUUUGGGAGCCCUGCCCUCGGGCCCGGAUGGGAGGAGGCUGAAGAGCCGGGGGAUAGACGCCCUACCGUGGUCAGGCUCCCCCUGGCCUCCCAUCUCUCGCCUUCUUAGAGUUUUAUUCCUUUUCUUUUUUUGAGAUUUUUUUUUUCCGUGUGUUUAUUUUUUAUUAUUUUUCAAGAUAAGGAGAAAGAAAGUACCCAGCAAAUGGGCAUUUUACAAGAAGUACGAAUCUUAUUUUCCUGUCCUGCCCACGAGGGUUGGGGGGACCGGCCCCCCUCUAGGGCCCCAUCGCCCCGGCCCUGUCCGCACCGUGUCCCGUGUCCGUGUCGCCUCGGUCGCCCGUGUCUGUGCUUGACCAUGUUGCGGUGUUCGCAUGCGCAUGCGCCCGAGGCAGACGUCUGUCAGGGGCUUGGAGUCCGUGUGCCGCAGCCGCCCGCCCACCUGCCUUGUGAGAUGGAAUCGUAAUAAACCGCUCCAUGAGGACCCCGCU